GAUCAAGAUAUUGGAUACUUGAUUGGUAUAAUGCCUUCCUCCUUAAUUUCCUACGUGAAGUAGUGGCUAUAAAACUAACAUUUUCUUAACCAACCAAAGAUGCAUUUCUAAACAAAACUUGGAAAGGCAUGGGAAACCUAUUUUCCUCCAUUCUUCUCAUCCUUCUUAUCUCUUUCUUCUUCUCUUUUACAACUUCCAAAACCCACAACUUUUUGCAAAGAGGCUCCUCUCUAUCUGUGGAAGAUGAUUCAGACUACAUCACCUCCCCAGACAGAUCCUUCACUUGUGGUUUCUAUGGGGCGGGGGGAAAUGCUUACUGGUUUUCAAUAUGGUUCACAAAUUCUAAGGAAAGAACUGUGGUUUGGAUGGCCAAUCGUGACAGACCUGUCAAUGGCCGGGGCUCCAGGAUUUCACUGCGGCGAGAUGGCAUCAUGAACCUAAGGGAUGCUGAUGGCUCAACUGUUUGGGAGACUAACACUACCUCCACCGAUGUUGAUCGAGCAGAGCUUUUGGACACUGGAAACCUUGUUCUGAAGAACCCACAUGGUAAAAUUCUAUGGCAAAGCUUUGAUUUUCCUACUGAUACUCUUCUGCCAAACCAAAUCCUUACCAGGAGGACAAAGCUGAUCUCUAUAAUCAGAGGAGGGGAUUUUUCUUCUGGUUACUAUAUCUUAUAUUUUGAUAAUGACAACAUCUUGAGAAUGAUGUAUGACGGGCCAUCUAUAUCAAGCUUGUAUUGGCCUAAUCCUGAUUUGGGUAUUUUUCCAAAUAAAAGAAGAAACUCUAACAGUAGCAGAAUUGCUGUUCUAGAUGAAAUGGGGAGGUUUCUUUCGAGUGAUAACGCGUCUUUCAGAGCUUCUGACAUGGGCUUGGGAGUCAAAAGGAGGCUGACAAUUGGCUACGAUGGAAACCUGAGACUCUAUAGCUUAAAUCAUUCCACUGGGUUAUGGAUGAUCUCCUGGAUGGCUUUUGGAGAACGGAAUAGAGUGCAUGGGCUAUGUGGUAGAAAUGGGAUUUGUGUGUUCACACCAGAACCCAAGUGUUCUUGUCCUCCGGGUUAUGAGGUAAGUGACCCAAGUGACUGGAGCAAAGGUUGCAAGUCUAAGUUCCACCGAAGCUGUUCCCAACCACAGCAGGUAAAAUUUGUGGAGCUUCCCCAUACAGAUUUCUAUGGGUCUGAUGUCAAUCACCUCACAUCUGUUUCAUUAGAAACUUGCAGGAAAACCUGCUUGGAGGAUUGCCUUUGUGAAGCAUUCGCCUAUAGGCUAACAGGAAAUGGGCUCUGUUUCAACAAAAUUGCCCUUUUCAAUGGCUUCAGGUCUCCGAAUUUCCCAGGGACUAUAUAUUUAAAACUGCCAGUGGAUGUCGAAACAUCAGCAUCCACCCUUGUUAAUGUUUCUAAUCCCAUAUGCGAGUCCAAGGAAGUUGAGAUUGUGCUGAGUUCUCCUUCUAUGUAUGACACCGCCAAUAAAGGGAUGAGAUGGGUUUAUCUCUACUCAUUUGCUUCUGCCCUUGGUGCGCUGGAAGUCCUCUUUAUUGUGUCAGGUUGGUGGUUUCUCUUCAGGGUACCUAAGGUGACAUCUCCAGUUGAAGAUGGAUAUGGUCCGAUAUCAAGCCAGUUCAGGAAAUUUAGCUACCCCGAACUUAAGAAGGCAACCAACAAUUUCAAAGUAGAGCUUGGAAGAGGAGGCUUUGGGGCUGUUUAUAAGGGUAUUCUGGAGGAUGAAAGGGUAGUAGCUGUGAAGAAAUUGAGAGAUGUCAUUCAAGGGGAAGGGGAGUUUUGGGCUGAAAUAAGCACAAUCAGAAAAAUUUAUCAUAUGAACCUUGUUAGAAUGUGGGGAUUCUGUUCAGAGGGUAGACACAGACUUUUAGUCUAUGAGCAUGUAGAAAAUCUGUCUCUGGAUAAGCAUCUCUUCAGCACGACUUUUCUGGGAUGGAAAGAGAGGUUUAACGUUGCAGUGGGGACAGCAAGGGGUUUAGCCUACCUUCACCAUGAGUGUCUAGAAUGGGUCAUCCAUUGUGACGUGAAGCCGGAAAAUAUACUUCUAGACAAUGGGUUUGAACCAAAGAUUGCAGAUUUUGGGCUAGCAAAGCUGUCUCAGAGAGGUGGCCCCGGUUCCAGAGAAUUCUCUCGGAUUCGGGGGACUAAAGGUUACAUGGCUCCAGAGUGGGCUAUGAAUCUUCCAAUUACAGCAAAAGUUGAUGUUUACAGCUAUGGAGUAGUUGUUCUAGAGAUGGUGAGGGGAAUUCGGCUUUCAAAUUGGGUGAUGGAAGAUGGCAAGGAGCAGGAAGCAGAGCUGACGAGGUUUGUCAAGUUAGUGAAAGAGAAAAUUCAAUGUGGAGAAGACAAUUGGAUAGAUGAUACAGUGGACCGGAGAUUGACGGGGAGGUUUAGCAGGCACCAGGCAGCAACAUUGAUCGAGAUAGGUAUUUCUUGUGUGGAGGAGGAUAGAAGCAAAAGACCAACAAUGGCUACCGUAGUCCAAGUUCUACUGGAAUGUGAAGAUGAAGCCCAAGUUCAAAUCCAGGAGUUGGAGUAAAUGUCCUUUUUUUAUUUACUGAUUUAGUUACGGGGUUUGUAUCUCGUUAUCAAAUUAGUAAAUUACAUAGUCGUCAUUGGUUUUUCUUGUUUUCUUGUUUUUGUGUUUUUCUCCAUAGCCACUACUCUGGAGACUGGAACUACAUUAAUUUGAAAUAACUCAAAUUCAUGGUC